GACCUACCAAAGCUUUGUUAUGAAGACUAGUAGGUACCGAGAAAACUGUUUUAGCCAAGGAAGUUGAUCCCUCCGCCCCCCUUCUUGCAACUGCAAGAACAAGUGCAGAAGUGGCGUCAUCGUGCAGACGAUAACAGAGCAACACCUUCAGGUUUCCAUCUAAUCAAGGCUUCCACCUAAACCUUGUUGAUGACCCAUGUCUGCGCAAUGGAUAUGAAGUUGACUACUACACAAAGACAAUGACAAGAACCUCACAAAUUUUGACCUCUACCCAGGAAAUACCAAAAUGAUUGACAUCUCCGGAAUGACCUUGAGACAGGCGCUUUUCAUAUCCCUUUGCCUCGUGGGAGUCACCCAGUCAGCUGCCGUUGCUUCGAGGAACCAGUCUUCGAAAGCUGUGCUAAAGAAAAUGAUACAUGACAUGUCCCUGAAUAUUGACAAGACGGUGAAUGUUCCUUCCGAGUUGCUGAUGCAGCUGCUGGACGUCAGUCGGUCAGUCCAGAAGCUCCUGCCGGCGCAGCUCUCCACCGCCCUCGCCGAUGCAGACGACGACAAGGACGAGGCUGGCGGGUACAAUUCCCUCCUGGCCUUGGCACUGCGCCACCACGCACUGCUGCAGCAGAGAAACGAAGACCUCCUGACGCAGCAUGCCCGCUGCACGGCUCAGGUAGAGGCUCUGCAGGAGGACAAGCAGGAGCUCCGUCAGCAGAUCCAGGAGUACAAGCAACAACUGCAGCAGUUUCUGAAAGGAGAAUCGUCUGUCAUCCGGAUCGUUGACAUCCACGAGGAGACAGCCACUGACCAGAAGCAGACGACGGCUUCUGUGGCCGUCGACGAUUCCUGCCUCUGCGAUGAUAAUGUGACCCGAGGUCAUAUGGAAGGCGACGUCUGCGUCUGCACCUUCGAGGAGGUCACCACAGAAUACCCGCCAACCACGACUGAGCUCGAGCUGUUGCGCGUUGGCAUCAGAGCGAAAGACUGCGCCGGACACCAGAAUGAAGGGGCUACGAAGAGUGGUGUGUAUGAGAUCUACCCUUCACAAUGUCACCCUGUUCAAGUGUGGUGCGAUCUGGAUACAGACGGAGGAGGAUGGACGGUUUUCCUUAACCGCCGAGAACAACCUGAACAGGAAAACUUCACCAGGAACUGGCAGGAUUAUCGCGAUGGCUUUGGCGACGUCACGGCUGAAUACUGGCUGGGCAACGAAGUCAUCCACGAAUUGACGGCAAAAGACGAACACGUCCUUCGGGUGGAUGCAGAGGACUUCCACGGUAACAAGCGCUGGGGAAUCUGGGAGAGGUUCCGAGUCGAGGACGAGGAACACAACUACAAACUCCUGUCGGUGAAAUACUCUUCGAACAGCACUCUGGGAGAUGGGCUCUUGUGGCACAGUGGAAUGCAGUUUUCCACAAUCGACCGAGACAACGACAAGCACAAGGGUAGUUGCUCCGACGAGUACAAAGGAGGAUGGUGGUACAACGUUUGCCACAACGCCAACCCAACGGGCAUCCUGGUCAACUCGGACGAUUUUGACUCUGUCGGCUGGGUGUACUGGAGCCCUCGCCAGUACAAGUGGGCCAGCCUGCGGAACCUCCAGAUGAAGUUGAGACCAAGGUCCUUCGGCACACCAGAUCCAACAUCAGCCCCUCUCGGCUGCUCCAGCGCCUGACAACCUUCCCCAACUCCCGCAGAGCAGAGGAAGAGCAAGAGCAAGAGGAAGAAAAAGAAGAAGAAGGAACGAAAGGAAAGAAGCCUCUAAUUAUCUGACACGGAAUGUUCUCCAUCAAGAAAGCGAAGGGCAACAACACCAAGACUGUUUAAGGGUAGAACCACUCAAGGUUUCUGAACAAUUUAGUGGUUGCUUAUCAGAUGAGUCGGUUUCGUGUUAAGGUCCUCGAUAUACUCACUCAUUUAGCUACUAGUCAUUAGGUAUAAGUACUUUCACCCAUUUGAGGAACUUUCAUUCACCCAUGCAAGUCCAUUCAUGCUUACAGAAGCCUUGAUUCCAAGGGACGAUUUUGAUGUUCAAUCCUAAAAGCGAAUGUAACAGUGAUUCUUCUGUCUGCCCUCUGUCAGGUAAAUUUUUGCACCCUUACAAGGUAGAUGAUGAUGUACUUUUAAUCGUAAAUGGGACAGUAACUUACGGAAGGGGUUGCCAAAGAUCCUCAAAGUUUAUGAAAAAACUAUCUAGAGGUACGGAAGUAGGUUUAGACCUCAUACGUCUGGCAUUGUGAAUGUGUGCAAGAAGUAGUGAUGCACUUCGUUAAUGCAAAAAUUGUCAUUCAUUAUACAGUUAGAGAUAAGACGGAAAUCGCUAGGUCUUCAGCUGAUGGACAGUGGGAGAACGGAAAGAUACUGUGAAAUAACCUGAAAUAUCUUGUACAUAAAGCAAAGCGAAUCAGCAAGGACCCUUUGAAUUUGUGACAUCAUCUGACAUUUUAUACCCGAAAGUAUUUUAUAAAUCUAUAUUUUUAUCUUGCGUUAAUCCUCUGUACCCCAAUUCAUCUCGUGUGAAAUCUGGAGUGAUGAAUAUCGAAUUGGGUUUUUUUAAUUGGUAGGAAAGUUACUUCAUCCUUUCUUUGUUUCGUGUUCAUUAUAAGUCUCUGUUUAAAGUGCUGGUUUUAAUAUACGGAAAAGUGAUUAUUCCCUUAUUUCUAUAAGACAAAUCCGACUCGAUCAUUUCUCAUCCAAUGCGCGUAAAUGAUUGCGUUGUUUACUUUCCUUUACACUUAGCCAUAAAAUAUUUUUCAUCAGGUUUACGUGGUCACGUCUUUCCUAGUAAAUAAAUAGAUAAACAAAUAAAGAAAAAUGUUGGAUCUGGUCGUACAUUUUUCCUGUCAUUUUUCCAACUUUAAGAUCUCGGCAGAUAUGAAAGUCAAACAAAGAAGCGAAUUAGUUUUUUCAUGUUGCCGUAACUGAGACCGCGAUCACAUGCACUGACAUCCGAUGACUUGAUUUUAGUGGGAAAUGAGGAGACCUGAAGCGUGGCUGUUGGACUUUUAAUUCGUCUUUUCCGCCUUCACAUCGUGUCAGGUGAGAGAGAGAGAGAGAGAGAGGCCGAUAAAUGUUGUAAAAAGUAUUAAAUUCUAGUCAGCGAAAUGUUGCAAUAUACACAAACGCGGAUUCGUCAUAAUGUUGCGGAAUGGUAAUCAUUUUAAUCAUUUGAACAAUGAAAUUGAAAAAUAAUGAACACAGUUGUUCUUCCUUAUGAAUUCGAGUUGUUUCCUUUCAUCAUGUGAUGGUCAAUAGAUCUAGAAUGUCAUUCAUAACGACGGCAUUUGAAACAGAAAAAAUAUCCUGAGAUUAAGAAGCUUGUGCCAAAUGCAACAUUUGCAACGACGACAAAAGGGUGAUAUUAAGUCUUUAUUCGCUUUUAACCAUUUCAUGUAUAUUCUAUAUAUAUUAUAUAUAGUAUAAUACACACAUUAUAUGUAUGAUAUCUAAUAUAUAUGUAUAUAUAUGCGUAUACGUAUAUACAUGCAUAUGUACA